AUGGGGGUGACGGGGACACUCGUGGUGGCCCUGGGGACGCUGCUGCUGCUGGGGGGCCCCGCGGCGCCGGCCCCUGCCCCGCAGCAUCCCUGGGGCCAGGCUCUGGCCUCGCUGCUCCGGCUCCUGAACCUGCUCCCGGGCGCCCCCUUGGGGACAGUGGCGGCACCAGCGCCCCCCCCCGGCACCGGCACCGACCUGGGACCCCCCCACGGGCCGGGGACGUGGCUCCGGGCACCGGGGACACGGACACAGGGACAAGGGGAACGGAUACAGGGAUAUGGGGAACGACCCCAAGGAGCAGGGACAUGGACACAGGGACAAGGGACAUGGGCACAGGGACAUGGGGAACAACCCCAAGGAGCAGGGACAUGGACACAAGGACAUGGGGAACGUCCCCAAGAAGCAGGGACAUGGACACAAGGACAUGGGGAACGUCCUCAAGGAGCAGGGACAUGGACACAAGGACAAGGGGAACAUCCCCAAGGACCAGGGACAUGGACACAGGGACAAGGAGAACGUCCCCAAGGAGCAGGGACAUGGACACAGGGACAAGGGGAACGUUCCCAAGGAGCAGGGACAUGGACACAGGGACAAGGGGAACGUCCCCAAGGAGCAGGGACGCGGCUCCAGGCACUGGGGACACGGACCCAGGACCAUGGGACAUGGAUCCAAGCACAAGGGACACGGAUACAGGGACAAGGGCCACGUCCUCAAGGGCCAUCCCAAGGUCCCCAGGCCCAGGGGUGGCCUCGGAGCUCCAGCGAGAGCAGGAGCAGGAGCAGGAGCAGGGUGAUGCCACCAGACCCUGGGGACAUCGGGAGCCAGGACACAUCCCGGGACACUGAGGACAGUGAGAGCCGAGGUUGGGGACACUCGGAGGAGCUGCAGGAGGUGGCAUAGAGCUGUCCCCAUGUCCCCAUAUUGAUCCUGUGUCCCAAUGUCCCCAUAUCCCCAUGUCCCCAUAUCCCCAUAUCCAUAUAUCCCAAUGUCCCCAUGUCCCUAUAUUGAUCCUGUGUCCCAAUGUCCCCAUAUCCCCAUAUCCCCAUGUCCCCAUGUCCCCAUAUCCCCAUAUCCCCAUGUCCCCAUAUCCCCAUAUCCCCAUAUCCCUAUAUCCCAAUGUCCCAUAUCCCCAUAUUGAUCCUUUGUCCCCACAUCCUCAUAUUGUCCCCAUCCCAUGUCCCCAUUAAAGGUGGAAGCAGCAUCA